UUUUCUUCUGUCAUUUUUGUUGUGUGGUUUGUUGUGGACGUGCUUACCUUUGCUCUUGUGAAUUUAUUUCUUCAGAGAUAAAUUUCAUCCGCAAUUGUAACAAAUAAACCGUGGAACUAUUUACAGUAUAUAGAUAGAUAUUAUUGACAAAGUUGUUAUCUUUACGGAGAGUCGUUGGACUUUGUUUUGGGAUCGACCGUUCGUUGCGCAUCGCGCGUCGCUUGCUCAUCCAGGCAGGAGGCUGGAGGACGUGUUUUGAAACGAUCGCGCAACCUUUGUGUUUAACAAAAGCUAUGUGUACUCGUUUAUGAGGUAUUGAUUGUCGAUUUGAAUCAAGAUCAUUUUCAAAGUGAAGUGUCCCGUUUAUAAAUUUUCCAAAAUGCCUGCAAGUGCCGUCUAUCAACCAACAACAGUGACAUACGAACAACAGCCCAGUGAUCAGAGAUGGAACUGCCCCAUGAGUUACUUCUCGCGCCGCGUGACAAGUAGCCUCAACCGGGCCACCUGCAUACGAAUUGGUUUAUGUCUGCUGGGGAGCACACUCUUCAUCAUUGGACUCGCGCUGCUGAUAGCAGGGGGAGUGCAGUGUUCCAAUGCUCCACCUCCCGAUACACCUGACACUGCGGAGAGCGGUGUUGGGACACUGAUCGCGGGCGGCGUCAUCCUCUGCAUCGGACUCCUAUUCGCGGGUGUCGGCGGCUGGGCUUGGUCGUCUCGCUGGGGCGGCGGCAAGGAGGCGCAGGCCAGCGGCGCCGCGGCCCUCACAGCGCUGAACCCCUCCACCGACCCGCUGGUCGCGGCGCAGUACGCGCCCGUCAGGGACGCCCCGCCCGCUCCCGACGAUGAGAUGCGCAACCUCAUGGACAAUAAGGAAUGUUUGAGCAGCGCCGAAGAAAGCGACAAGAUGUUGGACGGCCGGCCCUCGGUUGCGUAAGCCGUAUGUUUCUAUGGCGAGCUUGGGACAUUUGCCACCAUUUUGAGACGCGACAGAGCGGUAGUAUUGGUACGUUGACUAUAAUUAGUAGGUGUCUAAUAUAAUGUUACUACUGAAUUUAUUUUUACAAUAUGUCCAAAAGAGUAAGUAAGACAGAUAUAAAUACCUCUGCUACCGUACUUUCGUGUUUGAAACGUGUCUAUCAGGUUUAUGUUGCAUUUGUGGUACAAAUUGUAGACGUUGCAAGGCAGGAUACUUGCACCACUAUAGACGGGUGCAAGACACAUAUUGAUUAUGUUGGUAGCACUCUGCUUUUGUUUUAUUUCACAUUACUUAAUACAUAAUCAAAUUCAUGUCAACCCGACUAUUUUAUUAAAACUCCUAUUUAGCGCAUGGAGGCACAAAUAUCCUCAUUUCUAAUUCAUGUAUCUUUCCCGAUUUUAUUGGUGAUGAUUACAUAAGUAAGAUUAAGUAUAUAAGUGUUCAGAAAUGAUAUCCAUAUUUACUAUUGCAUUAAAAACUUAUAGUACAGUCUUCUAACUUCCGUUGCAUUAUUGUGUUGGCUUUGCUAUUAUACCCUAAUUAUUAUUAAAAAUAAAUUAGUAACGACAAGUUGCCAAAUGAUCGUCCAGAACUAGAAUAGACGUAAAUGUGCAUAUUUUUAUCUACUUAUUGAUAAAUAUGAUGUAAUAAAUCUCAAAUAAAUUUAAAUUUUCAAAUCACGUUACUGCGAUAGUUGUAAAAAAAAUUUUGAUUUUAAUUAAUUUAAGUACUUACCUAAGUAUAAGAAUAUCGUUGUAUCUUAGUAUAGUAAUGGAUAUAUUUUUUAUUAAGUCAUAUACCAACUUGGAUCUUGAUCUGAAAAUGUUAAAGUUGAAUAUCCAUUGUAAAUCAGUACUUCUUGUCUAAAUGAUUGUAUCAAUCGACAUUAUCUUUUAAUCAUAGAAAUAAUAAGUGUGUAUCUACCUAUAAUGCUCUAUUUAUAGAUCUGCAAACACACAAAAAAGUGCACAUUGUGCAAGAUUGUUCCCUUUACUUUUAUAUUCUUUUUGUGAACCGUCCUUUAGAUUUAAGUUCGAAUAUUUAUUAUUGAAUAAGCUUGUUUAAAGUGUGACGAAUGCAUUCCUGGCAGUUUAAUGUUAAUAUUAAGAAAGCAACAUUGCUUUUUAUACUUGUUUUCGAUAAUUUGGGUUGUAUGGCAUUUAAGAUAUUUAAUAUUCAUAACAUGAUUUUAUUGUAACUUUAGCUCUCUCAAAUGUUAUUUGAAUUCUAAAAGAAAUAAUAGAUUUUUGUGUAUAUAAUUUUGACAUUUAUAUAAUAAAAGUUUUUAUUUUAUUUUAUCAAUAUAUCAGAUUUUUUUAUCUUUAUGUACGUUUCUGAAUAUUUGUUCAUAAGAUUUCUGUUUUAUAAAGUUUAUUACCUUGAAGAUGGUGCAUACAUUGGAAAUAUAUUUACGUAAAUUUUAUUUUAAAUCAAUAUUGUGUGUAGUUUUUCUUUUUUCAGUUUUGGCAUGUCGAAAAAUAAAUUGUCAUUCCUGA